UCCAACAGACAGGCAGUUGUCUGAUGUAACAGCAAGUUGUGCAUUUUUACGUUCGCUGCUGUUGGCAUUAUAUUCAGGAAUUCCUAAACUACAAUAUAAAGAGAUGCUUUCAGAGGGAUACUUGUGCAAAAUCCAGGCUUCCUAUGACAAUGACUGCAGGUUGCAUCACAACCAGAGGACUAAAGAACCAAAAGAAGUGGCUGGUGUAUGCACUCUCAAUUAUUUAUCUGCCCGUGAGACCCGGAGCAAAAGGAUUUUCAGGAAAUUUGGUUCAUUUGAAAAGCACAACACUCAACAAGAGGGAGACCACAAGGAAAUGGUGGAAGGCUUGAUAUAUGAAUGUGAAAAAUCACCUUUAGCAAGCAUAAGUGGAAACUCAAGCUCAAGCAAAGAUGCCUUUUUGGUCCCAUCCUCUUGCAAACAUAUCUGUAGAGACUAUAAUGACUUGCAUAUAGCCGGAGACCAAGUGAGGGCUAUCAACUCAGUCAUGAGGGAUUUCACUUCUGAUAGCAGCUUUGAAUUUUGUGAGGGACCUUUCUUGCAAUCGUAUGAAAUUCCUUCUAAUAUGGAUUCAUUAGGUGUCCAAACAAAUAAUAUCAGCAAAAAAGGCAGUAAACGGUAUUCCUGGAAAGUAUGCAGUGAAAAAGAGAAAAGCAUCGUUAACCCUGAGCAACCAAUGUCUAAUUCAGUUCUCAAUGAGUAUUUGGAAAGAAAGAUUAUUGAGCUCUAUAAGCAGUACAUGAUGGAUAUAAGCUGCAGUGCAUCCACAAACCACAUCAUGACCUCAGAAGUCAUCAUGAACAACAUCCAGCAGAUAAGCAUGCAGUUGUCACGAGAACAAAACAUGGAAAGACACAAGGCCAAAGACAUGGUCAUCAGUUUCUUGCUGAGGCUUGCAAGUGAAAAACAGUCUAAUGUUAUCAGCACUCCGGAUCUUCAGAUCUCAUCUAACCUUGCUUAAGAAGACAAAUACAUAUAGUAAGAAAAAUGUAAGAUGUUCUCAGCCAUUAUAUAAACCAGGACCCAACCGUUCAGUACAAGGACAAACUGCAGUACACCAGCAGUGCUCACACUGUGCUGAUCGGCUGAAGUUGCAAAAGUCCGACCCCCUCAUCAAACAUUUAUGGCCUACCUGAAGGAUAGGCCAGCAAUAUUACAGUCCAUGAUAGCUGCUUUACAAGGGUUCGAGAUACCAUUAUCAGAUUGGCUGGGGUCCCACAGCCCCCUACCCCACCCAAUCAGCUGGCUCCAGAAAUAACCCGAUGCGGCCUCUACACAACGGACAGAGCUGCGCUGUCCCCUAUGUUUAUUUCCAGCACCACCGGUAGUUGAUCCGUAGUGUGCUGGGCUUCAGACACCACCAAUUUUAUAUUCCUCAAUAUCUAGAACCCAGACAACCCUUUUAAAAAGUUGCUUGAUUUAGAAUUAGUAUGAAUCCUAGGUAUAUUAUCAUUAUGUUUGGCUUAACACAUUUGGCUCCAUUUUUUUUUUAACUACAAUGGCCAGAUUUAAAAUGCUAAAAAACAGAAACCUUCAGAAGAAUUCCACUUAUAAAAGGAAAGUAAAGGUACCCAUACAUAUUAGUCUAAAGUCGAUCAAAAUGGACAAUUUCAACCAAAAAGAUUGUUAGUCUGUUGAAAUUUAACAACGUAUAAGCAUUUUAACUGACAGACCAUUAUCGUCUGAAAAGAAGCUGUCUGUGUUUAAUAUUUUCAUCUGAUUUCGAAAGAUGUUUCGUUCAAUGAAGUAUCAUUCUUGGAUAAAAGAGCUAUCUCUGAUAGAACGUACCUAGAAAGACCUUUUGUCCAUCGCCCAGUUUCAUUGAACAUGUAUUGGCAGUUUGAUCAAUUGUAACAGUCAAUAUGGACUAAAACGUGUAUGGUUGUGUCUGCGAAACGAACAUCCACCAGAUGAUUGUUUGUUCAAGUGAUGUUCAACCAUCAAGCAACUUUUAUCUAGUGUGUAUGGCCAGCUAAGGAGCAGAAAUGUCUGAAACAAAUCUGCCGCGUGUCAACAUACCUUUACAGAGAGAUUUUUCUGUUUUGUUGCAUUGGCAUUUUUUAGAAAUGUGUAAAUAAAUGUAAUAAACAUGUUCAAAGAUGUCUGAAAUAUUAAAAUAUCAGGUUAUUUAUCCUGAAAGGUGAAUGUCAUAAAGGAAAUCAAUGAAAAUCCCAAUGCUAGAAUUGCCAUUUUUGGUCACUUUGCUUCCCCAAAAAAUGAAAU